AUGCCGGACAUAGUUUUGGGUGCAGAUGUAAUUUAUAAUCCAUCAUGCCUACCACAUCUUGUUCGAGUUCUUGCUGUUCUUUUGAACCGUGGAAAAUCCUACUCCCGAGAUUGGAUUGACAGCCGGGGCUUAUCACUGGGUCAAAAACCUGAAAGAAAGAAAAUGUGCUACAAGAAUGAGUUGAACACAGAUGAUUCUGGUGAUAAUGAUAGGCUUGAACUUGAUGUUUGCAAAGGUGAAGAAUUGUGUAAUAGUGCUCAAAAUGCUGAAUAUCUGUGUCAUGCAGUGAAGGAAAGGCCAGUGGCAUUUAUUGCUUCUGUCAUUCGCAAUAUCGACACCUUUAAUCAUUUUCUUACACUAGCAGAUCAGGCAAAUCUCAUUGUCACAGAGCUCACUGAAAAGAUUACGCCAUUUAAUUUGCUUCCUUACCUGAAGUCAUACCAGCGAUCAAGUAUUCGAAUGUUUACCAUUUCAUAUUUAUGUGACUAA